CGAGUCUAUGUGAAAAGGGUGAGCGGAGCCGGUGGUGGGAAGCUCAGAGGAAUCCUGCUACCGGACGGCAGAGAGACGCGAUCGGAGAGAUACGCGGUGAACGCCAGAAACGGAGAGUCGCUCGAGGAUUUGCUGGACUACACUUGGUCACGGACUCGGAGAACGUUCACGGGGCUGAUUUGGAAACGAGAAUUCCCGUUAAUCUUCCGCUCAGAGCAGUUUUUUUCGUUGGGAACCGCCGCGAGGACAGCCAUGAUCCGCCUCUGCCUCGUGCUGAUUCUGUCCGCCUCCGUCUUCUCUGAGUCGCAGGCGAGGGAGACAGAAACAUGGAUGCCCAUGAGCACCACUCAGACUGUCGCCAUGGCAACGCAGGACGGCAGCCUGGAAGCAUCAGGAGACCCCUCCAAUGACUUUGGCUUCACUGAUGAUGAUGAGGAUGAUGAAGAUGAGUAUGUGGAUGAGGAUUACGAGGAUCUCUCUGGAUCGGGUCAAGGAGAAACAAGCGAGUCGACUCUGGGAGAGGCUGUUCCUUCAGAGCAGCCUGGUGAUGAUAACCGAAUCCCUGAGCUGAAGGCCACUGUAGGACCAACCCUCGACGAGGUUGAACUCGUCAGAAACAAUGAAAUCCACCUGGGGAGCAAACCCGGGCCCAACGACGACAACCUGUCCAAUGUCCUCAUGUCCCAGGCCAAGGGGGACAGCAUCUUUAACAAGACUGAGGUCCUUGCAGCUCUGAUUGCGGCUGGCGCCGUGGGCCUGAUGUUCGCCAUGCUCCUCAUCCUCCUCCUCAUCUACCGCAUGAAGAAGAAGGACGAGGGCAGCUACGACCUGGGGAAGAAGCCCAUCUACAAGAAGGCCCCCACCACAGAGAUCUAUGCAUAGACGCUGACCUUUGACCCCUGCAUGCACACACACACACACACACACACACACACACACACACACACUCUGCUCCUUUAAAAGCCAAUCAGGGCCCACGUGUGGCCCAGCAGUGCCUCCUCCCUCAUCAACAGUCGCGUUGGAGAAAUCGGGAGUGAAUCCCCAACGACACACUUGACUGACUCCUCCCCCUGAUGUUACUGACCAAUCAGAGAGCAGCAGGUGGACUUGUUUCUGCUGCAGUGCACCUCGUUUCUUUUGUUUUAGUCUGGUCUCAACAGAACAGGCCUCUUCUCCUCCAGUUAAACACUAAAGGAAUUUAUUUAUUCUCCUCUUCCUGGAUCUGCAGCUCCACGCCGACGUUUGAUUUGGUACAGACAUUUCAUGGUGGAAACCUUUUGGAAAGUGGCCUGCCUCCAUUACUUGUAAUGUGUUUUUUUUUUUGUUUUGUUUUGUUUGUUCGGACUCAAAGAUCCCACAAGCGGGCCGUAUUGCUUCCGCUCAGUAAAGAUGGUGGUUGUUGUGAUUAAAACAGCUUCAGGCAUGUUUUGUUCUUCCUGUUUGCAGAUUCAGCUCUGACCCGGGUUCAAACUGGACCCACAGAACCAGCUUCUGAUGGAAGCGGGUCAGAAUUAAACUUACCCUGUUUGCUUCUAAUCAGAAGUUCUUUAGGUUUAAAGAGUAAAAUCCAGACGUGAGUUCCAGUUUUCAUCCUGGAGUCCAAAAGGAUCCAGCCGGUGCUAAAAUCCAUGUUUUUAUUUCCUCUUAUGAAUUCAGGCGUUAGCAGUGAGGCUAAACACUGCUAAGCUAAUGCGCGUUGCCCCCCCCCCCCCCCCCCCCCCCCAGCAACAUUAAUCAUGAGGUGACGCUUUUUCUGCUGGGGUUCUGUUCUUUUUGUGUUUGUUUUUGCGUGACGUCGAUAAGCUACACGGCUGAUCUCGGAUCAGUCUUUGGGUGGACGAGCGACUCCGAAGCCCUUCAAACCGGAUCAGUCUCACCUUUCUCUGCUCCAGCCAGGAUCUGUAAAUACUCGGAACGUCGGUACGCUUCCAGGCAGCAGAAAUAUUUACCAAAUAUUUAAAAGCCAAAUAGGUUCCUGUUUGUUUCCUGCAGUAACGCUCCUGUGACUGACUGUAAAUGUAAAGUUUUGAUACUAACUCCCCCCCCCAUAUUAAUUUAACUGUCAGAUUAUUUUAUUGCCUUCCUUCAGGUUUGGGUGUUCGGCCCUCUCAGCUGUUGUACAUGUGGAAGUUUUCUAUACACUAGUUUGAGAUUGUCAGACAUAGUUGUGAAACUUUUAGUUUUGUAAGAGUUUCUAUUCUCUUUUAGCCUUUUUGCUUUUGUAUUUAUGUUUCAUUGUUUUUAUUUGUAGAAGGAUUGAUCUUGUGGCCGGUGUUCAUGUCUCUGUGCCAUCAGCAGACCUGGACCUGAUGUUAUAAAAAUGAAAUGAAAUUCUGUUUAUUUAAAAAAGUGCUAGCAAGAGUCGCCUCGAGGUACUUCAGAGUCAACGUGAAACAGGAAGUUGUGGUUCUGGUGCCGGGCGGAGGUUUGAACUUUGCAGGAUUAAUGCCGGAGUGAGAUUACCAGUAAACAUGAAGGUGGCCCAGGUCUGAUCGGUUACCACAGAGAACGUUCUGCUGCUUAAUGUCAAACACCACGUGUGACUCGUUGGUUUCUGCUGCAGGUUCUGAUUGAUUAUUUUAAAUAAAGUUAUUUUUAUGCACAAA